AUGGCUGAUCCCAAAGCCUACACUGUCGGUUGGAUCUGCGCCCUUCCCACCGAGUUCGACGCGGCACAAGCCUUUCUCGACGAAGAACAUGAGGACUGUCCCCCAGUUGCCCCAAACGAUAAUAACAACUAUGCUCCAGGCAAGAUUGGGAGGCAUAAUGUCGUUAUUGCUGUCUUGCCGGAUGGGGAGUACGGUACAAACGCUGCUGGGGCUGUGGCUCGAGACAUGCUGCAUAGCUUUCCAAAUGUGCGCAUUGGACUCAUGGUCGGCAUCGGCGGAGGGGCGCCCAGCUCAAAACAUGAUGUGCGACUUGGCGAUGUUGUAGUCAGCAGCCGCGACGGAGGCAAAGGUGGCGUCUUCCAGUACGACUUCGGCAAGGCAGUGCAGGACCAGGAUAUUUCCUUCCAGCACACAGACUUUUUAGACCAACCACCCAUGCUGCUACGAACAGCUGUUAGCGCGCUCAAGAGUCGAUAUAAGAGGAAAGGCCAUCAGCUGAAUAACGCGAUUGACGAGGCGUUGGAACGAUGGCCUCGACUGCGGGGGGAGUACUCACGGCCUUCUCCGGCAAGCGACAGACUCUACCGAUCGGAAAUCAUUCAUCCGCAAACGUCAGAAGGAUGCGCCAAAGUAUGCAGCGAUGAUCCAACCCAUAUAAUACUCCGAGCCGAACGAGGUGAACAUACCGACGACCCUGCGAUUCACUACGGGUUGAUUGCCAGCGCGAAUCAGCUCAUGAAGAAUGCCACGAUCCGGGAUAAACUGGCUGCUGAAUACGGCGUUGCCUGCUUCGAAAUGGAAGCGGCCGGCCUGAUGAACCACUUCCUGUGCUUAGUUAUCCGCGGUAUAUGCGAUUACUCGGACUCGCAUAAGAACAAGGAGUGGCAGGGCUUCGCAGCCAUGGUGGCUGCAGCAUAUGCGAAGGAUCUUUUACUUCAGAUUGCGCUAACUAGUGUCGAAGCUGAGAAGCUAAUUGGCGAAGUGCUUGGUUUUAUUCAACGAGAUCUGAAGCGUGUGAAUCGUACAACAGAGGAAACACGAGCGGGAGUCAAGCGCUUGAAACGUACGGCGGAUGAAACAAAAACGGGAGUCAAGACCAUUCAGUCCCACCAAACGGAACAAACACAUCGUCUUAUUCGCGUCGAACAGGGUGUACUCAAGCUCAGCAAAGUUGAGGACCUAUCGAUUGCCCGCAAUCCUCAUUUCGUCGUACCGUUUCCUUCCGACCCUGAUUUUGUGAAUCAAUCCGACAUCUGGACAUGGAUUGAAGAGCGGCAUGCUGGGCCUGGGAGUCGCUUCGCUCUCGUGGGCAUGGGCGGGUUUGGCAAAUCCCAGAUAGCCAUCCAAUUCGCUCACCAACUCCACGCUACCUCAUCUGAAACUAGCAUCUUCUGGGUUAACGCUAACACUAAAGCAAUAUUUGAAGAGUCCUACUGGUCUAUAGUAGACGUCCUAGCCUUUCUAGGUCGCCACAACACUAACGUUAAUAUCCUAGCGCUGAAGGAGGCUGAGGAGCUGGAGGUGCAGGUGAUGGAGACGUUCAAGAGGGAGGCUGAGGAGCUGGAGGUGUGGGUGAUGGAGACGAGAAAGAGGGUGCUUAGAGAGGAGCAUCCCGAGACGCUGACGAGCAUGGCCAACCUGGCGUCGACGUAUUCGAACCAAGGCCGAUGGAAGGAGGCCGAGGAGCUGGAGGUGCGGGUGAUGGAGACGAGUUUGAGGGUGCUUGGAGAGGAGCAUCCCGACACGCUGUCGAGCAUAGGCAACCUGGCUGACACUUGGAAAUCCCAGAAUCAGUAG